CUCUUUAAAGGCAGACUGAUUCAUAGUAACUUCUUUAAAACAGAGCUAAGUGACACCACCCUCCCAUACCACCGGAGGAAACUUAAACCACCACCAGGUCACUCCCCUUCACUACAGCUCCGCACUCCGGCACAGCAGCGCCGCAGUCCCCCACGCUCCUGCUUCCACAGGUGCCAGCACCGCACGAUUUCUCUGCACUGGUGUCACCACCUAGGAAGGAUCCAAGAUGUUGGUACUACUGGCUGGUAUCUUUGUGGUUCACAUUGCCACCGUCAUCAUGCUCUUUGUCUCCACCAUUGCCAACGUUUGGAUGGUGGGUAGGAAUUCCACUGGAAAUGCCUCCUGGGGACUCUGGAUGUGGUGCAACAACACCUGUGAGUCGCUGACACCCAGUGAAGGCAAUGCUGCUUCCCUCAAAGCAGCGCAAGCCUUCAUGAUCCUCUCAAUCAUUUUCUCCGUCAUCGCUCUUGUUACAUUCAUUGUCCAGCUGUUCACCCUGGAGAAAGGCAAACGUUUCUACAUCACUGGAGCCAUCACGCUGGUUUGCUGGAUCUGCAUUCUGAUUGGAGUCUCCAUUUACACAGCUCGGUUCACAAAAAAGCAGUCUGUGAUCCAGGCAGAAGAGGUGACAAAUGCUCACCACGGCUACAGCUUCAUAUUGGCCUGGAUCUGCUUUUGCUUCAGUUUUGUCACUGGCAUCCUCUACCUUGUUCUUAGGAAAAAAUAAGGUCGAUGAGAGUACUGGGGAGAGGGUUGGUUGCUGGGAAUGGGGAACAAUUGCUCUGCCGAGAGAACUUUUGGAUAAAUAGAAAGAACAGGAUCAGUCACCAUCACCACUACUGCCACCACCAUAGCAAAACAACAAAACUAGAAUCUUCAGAAACUCAUUCACCAAAGAGCAGGAGGAACAGAACUGACUGAUCUCUCAUUCCUGGGGCUGCUACACCAGAAAUCUGCAAGUGACCCAGACAGCUGUUCUCCUUUUCUAUCAUAACUUCACAUUCAAGCCCAGCAGUGAUGACUGAAGAGCACCGAAAAAAUGAGGGCUACAUCUUUUUCCCUGUCUAGAGCCCUUCCCACUUGCCUUUCAGCGUGCCUGGUGGGUUGGGCAUUCAGGCUUACAACUCCCUUUUUUGUCCAUUGAAACAAAUGGGAUGGGACUUUUGUUACAUUUAUAUAUAUAUACAUAUAUAUAUAUAUAUGUAUGCACAUAUAUGAAAGACAUUACAUUGAGAAACAACCCAAUAGAAAUCAGAUUAAAUUAGUAUUAAAAAUACUACGGGAACAAGGCAGCUAUUUUUUUUUUUUAGUUUUCAUUUUUUGCUGUUCUGUUUCCUAUUUGACAUCCCCAUGGUUGAAUCAAAUACUGGUAUGAAGGGCAAGUAUACAAAUAUACAAGCAUGGAGGAUGGAGAGAAAGAGAGAGAAAGAGAGGGCGGGAGACAUACACAGGGGUUCCUAAAAAUAGAGAGCGCAGUUGCUCAAUGAUGCACGUGCAGGGAGGGAAUCCUUUGGGUGUGUGUCUGCACUAAAAUCUUCUGUUCAGCUCUAGUACAUAGCAACAACACCGCAACAAAUGUAGGCUUUUUUUUUUUUUUUUUUUUUUUUUU